AUGGCAGCAGCUGUGGCCUGGCUCCUGUUCCUCCAGCUUGUUCUAGAGCCAACUCUGGCCAUGGACAGCAAGCUGCAGAUGGCUAUCAAGAACUUCCGCACCUUACACAUCGACUAUCCCAAAGUGAACUAUCCAAAGGGUUUCCACGGCUACUGUAAUGGUCUGAUGGCCUAUGUGCGGGAUGUCAAGCAAAGCUGGUAUUGCCCAAAGAUCCAUUAUGUGGUACAUGCCCCUUGGACAGCCGUCCGGGAGUUCUGCAAGUACAGUGACAGCUUCUGUGAGAAUUACAAUGAAUACUGUACACUCACCCAGGACUCCUUCCCUGUCACGAUCUGCUCUCUGGGAUCCAGACAGCCUCCCACCAGCUGCCGCUACAAUAGCACCCUAACCAACCAAAGGCUCUACCUGCUCUGUUCUCGAAAGUAUGAUGCUGAACCCAUAGGUAUCAUUGGCCUCUUCUAGGGAAGGGAAGGUUUCAUUCUGAACCACGUCCUAUCGACACCACAGACCAGCCUGUCCCCAUUCCCCAAACUCUGAUCCUUGGUACAAAGCUUUCUCCCUGACUUUGAAGGCAGGCAGGCUCCUCCCAAGAGACUAGGGAGGGUAGGAAAAAUGUCCAGAGCUUUGGUCACCAUGCAAAGUCACACUGUCUUCUAGUCCCAACUUGUUUACCUCCCCUUCCCCCAUCAUCCUCCCUCUCCCACAGACAGUUUUACCUACCUAAGACGCUGACUGUGUCCAGUUGGCAGUGACUGUCCAUCCACUGGGCCAGAUCCUGAAUCCUGGAUGGAGGCCCGAAGCCUCAGCUCACACCAUGGCAACACGCACCCAGCUCUGCAUCUCAACUCCCCAUCCCUCUCUUCUCAGUCUCUCCAUUUCCUUAGGACUCCCUCUACUCACUCACCCACAUAGUGGCUGUCUCUAGCUAUAGGAACCUCCCUUGAGAUCCUUAGACUCAUUUUAGCCUCACUUCCCCAGAACUCCCCUCAGUUCCCAGUCUUCUCCUCUCUAUGAAAUCACUGAUCUUCUCUUCAUGUAACCUGUCCUUUCCUCCCUCCUUCUACCAUGGAGACCAGUGCAGUCU